AAUAACAAGUUGGCAUCAGACUGGGAUAUAAUGGUAAUCCAAGAGCCCUACAUCAAUUUCCUCCAUAAUACAAGCGCUAACCACACCUGGCAUGUCUUAUACCCUACUAAUCAUUACACCCAUCCGCAGCAAUGCACUCAUGCCAUCACACUCAUUAAUACAUCCCUUGACUCCAACUCCUGGAAACAGAUAUCUUAUCCAUCGUUGGACAUAGUCAUCAUUCAACUUUCAGGCCACUAUGGCCAAUGCACCAUAUUCAACAUUUAUAACGAC